UUUGUUUUGUUUAAGUCGCAAGGAAACAACGCACAUGGUUAGGGCAAAAUUUUUCUACGAAAUUCAUAGACAGCAAAUCCGGCAUUCUAUUACAAAGCAAGAUGCUGGCGCAUUUCGCACGAGGUAGUUCGGAUGUGGAUUGGUGUGAAUCAAAUUAUGCCCAUGUUACCUUCAUCGCUGAAUUUUAUAACACGGUCAGCAACGCUGUAUUCCUAAUUCUUCCGCCAUUUUUUAUAUACCUGUUUCGUCCGUACUCAAAGUAUGUCUGCUCUGGGAUCAAUAUCAUUUGGGUUUUGUUCGUCGUCAUUGGAUUGAGUUCAGCCUAUUUUCACGCAACACUUAGUCUCGUGGGUCAACUUUUGGAUGAACUUGCCAUCCUGUGGGUUUUGAUGGUAGCACUAGCCUUAUGGACACCAAAAUGGAUGUUAGCUCUCAGUCCGUUUGGAGGAGACAGAGAAACAUUCCAGUACGCUGUCCUUGGCUUGUCUUUGGUUUGUACGUGGUUAGGAUUUAUCUAUCCUGUGGCAAAUGCAUUCGUUUUGAUGGCGUUUGGAGCUCCAUUUCUCUUCAUGCUGUUUGCUGAACUUAAAAGAUGUAAGGACUUGAAAGUUAAAAGAUUAGGAUUCGCAUGUGUUGGAUGGUGGUUUGUCGCUGUAGUUUUCUGGAUAAAUGAUCGAGCAUUCUGUGACGUAUGGCGGUCUGUCUCUUUCCCAUACCUUCACUGCGCAUGGCAUAUUCUAAUUUUUAUUGCAUGCUACACUGGCUGCGUUUUGGGUUCAUACUUCUACGCUGCAACAGAGUUUCCUCAAUUGCGCCCGGCUUUAUCCUUCUGGCCUCGUUGGUCGUGCGAGUGGGGAGUUCCAUAUGUGAUGUUAAAGGGAGUGCCAAUGGAAGAAAAUCCUUGACAAAAUUCUAUUAUAGCGAGAACGAACCGGGCUCCAACUUAAAAGCUGCGGGUGAGAAAGGCUGUUUGCUGCAAUAGACUUUCCGCAUUCGUUUCCCGCUCUGGUCUUGUAUGUCUAGAAAAUGAGAAGUCCUACACAUGUGCGUUGAGUACAAGGUGGUAACACAUGUAGAAGAAAACUUUUUAGAAAAUUCUACUUGGCAGAAGACAUUAUCUUGGGCUCAUAUAUCUAAUCUGCAACUGAGACUCCAAAGCUGCCUCCCGCCCUGUUCUUGCUGAUAUAAUGAACAGGGAGUUGCAUACAUGCACAUCGUGUUAAAUGCGGUACCAUAGAGAAGGAAACUUCUGAAAAAAAAUUCUUCAUCACAGAAGAAACUGUCCCAUGUUCUUGCAUCUGAGCUACAACCGAGUAUCCAUAGGUAGGCCUCGCUCUGUUCCCGCUGGUCUUGCGAAUUA